AUGGAUGUUACUCAUAACGACUGCGCUCCUUUGCUUCCAUUAAGAGGUCAUCUGGAGAUUGAAGGAAUGCAACAACAUUCUAAGGGUCGAUUCUUCAAUACUGUCAGCACCGCUAUCUUGCUAUACUUAUACAAUUUGCUUUGGACCAAUUAUCAACAAAACAUAUACGUACCCCCUGCUCACAAUGUUGUUCUGCUGAAUAUCUAUGAUUCGCAUCAGCGUCAUAAUGAGUGUUACGAUGCAAAACAUACAGUGACAAGAUCUAAAGCAACAAUGAUAAGAAUGAAAUCUUAUGGAUAA